CAAUACUUAUAAGAGUUGAAAAACUGGAGUAAAAUUUCAAAAAUAAUUAGUUUAAUUCAAAUAUAUUUUUGUCACGUUUAGUACCACACCGAUUUACUGUAAUUUGUGCAUUCGGUUAUUAAUGAAAAUCACUGUGUUAUUCAGGCUAUCGAUACUUUCUAUUUAACUCGACUUAUUGUAUGAAUUGCUAAAGAGACUCUUUAUUCCGAUAGGAUUAAUUGUUAGUGAUUUUCUCCUGUUGAAAUUCGUUUCACCGGUUUUUGAGGUCGAGGGAUUAGGAUUAGAAGGCCAUAUACAAACCGAUCGUCUAGGCACAGAGCAGCCAAAACCAGCAUGGAAACAGCGCGAUUUUUGCGACAAUCCUUGUUGAAGAAUCCAGUUUGUUACAUUCUUACACUUCGUUUGACAGAUUUUAAAGUCAACAAAAUGUAUUGCUCUGAGCCAAAGGAGUUUUAAAAACGUUUUAAUGUGAAAAAAAUGACCACUGUAUUGGAUCUUGGUAGCUGUAUACCAUUGCGAACCCCGCGGAGUUGGGAUAUUCUUCAAAAACGACCCCAAAACAGUGAAUUUCGAAAGGAAAACAAUAAGGAUAAAAGACUUUUACCCUUGUCUAUACUGGUCAAAAUCAAAGGCCCCCCAAAACUUGUGGACUCGUACACAAAGAACAUGGGACCUACCCCACGACCAGAAACAAGGUAUUCCACGUACCCAGCGUCCUGUACCCCCGUCAACAUCACAGUUUUCUCGGACGUAAGGGCAAAUCUGGUAAGGGAUAAGGAUAAAAAGGGAGCGCUGAUUCUUCGACCCGCCUUACAGCAAAGCAAACAGGUGCCCGGCAGAUAUUUUCCCAAACCAACUUUAACUGAAGAGCAACAGAAAUUUCUUCUCGUUAGCAAAGAUGGCGAUAACGAAAGAGAUCGUAUAGAGCAAAGUUCGGCCACUAGUUUGGUGUCUAGCAGAGGCAGGGGAUUGUCACGUGGUCAUUUAGAUGCGACGAAUCGUCAAUCCCGUCGUAAUUUCACAAAUUCGGUGAAUCCCAGAAUACUUCAUACAAGAAAGACUCUUUUCGAUCGAGAAGAUCGACAGAACACGUUGUUUACCUACAGCUUCAAAAGCACGUCUGUAGCCGGCCAUUUUGUUGGAGACUCUCAAGAAGUCGAUGGUAUGAGAAAAUCAGUCACUUCCAGUCGACAAGUGACGUUUCCGGAGAAGACGCUGACGUUCCACGAGAUGUUGACGGGAACAACUAAAACCUUGCACGACCGGAAGGAGGUUCAGUCCGCCCCUUCCAAUGAUCAAUUACUCCCCCAAACCGACAGUGCCAACGUAGAACCACUUCCUCUAUCGGCAUGAAACCUAGCAAUCUGAAAUUAUGUGUUCUGUAGAAAUGGUUUAAAAACUGGAUAUAGUGACGAUUUACAGUGCUGAUCUCUUCAAAUGUUUAUGGACCGCGUGGGAGUUGGAGGACUAAAUAUUCACUGUGGACAUUUUUAUAUUAUGUGUUGAAUCGUUUUUCUUUUAUGUUUUGUACAGUGCAUAUAUAAUUUGUUAAGGAUUAAAAUAAAUCACAUUG